AUGGCUCAGCAAGAUCCUCAAGAGAUCGCAGAGCUAGUCAAAUCUCUAGAGACUGCCAAGGGUCACAAAGGUCGCGGUAAGAAGGGUGGCUUUUCAUGCAAGAAGUCAACCUUCCGCGUUGCAGGCUCGAGUGAUAUCUCGGUAGACUCGUGGCGAUUUCAGGACUGGGACUACAAACGAGAUGACUUACCAACAUAUGCGCGGGGACUUUUCACAACGAAGACUAAGGAUGGUAAGCAUGAGAUUGUGAUCAGAGGUUACGACAAGUUCUUCAAUGUUGAUGAAGUGAAUGAGACACGAUGGCGGAACAUUGAAACUAGAACCAUUGGCCCUUAUGAGCUCAGUGUCAAGGAGAAUGGAUGUAUUAUCUUCAUGUCCGGUCUAGAAGAUGGGACACUUCUUGUUUGCAGCAAGCAUUCCACGGGGGUUAGGAGUGAUGUCAAUCUCAGUCAUGCUCAGGCAGGCGAGAAAUGGGCUGAGAAACAUCUAGCCAGUGUGGGCAGAACUCCAAAAGACCUUGCGCAGGAGCUUCGGAGAAUGAAUGCAACUGCGGUAGCUGAGUUGUGCGAUGAUACAUUCGAAGAGCACGUUCUUGAGUACCCUCCAAGUAUUGCUGGUCUCUAUCUUCACGGCAUCAACUUCAACGUACCAGAGUUUGCAACAUUGUCAGGUCCGGAGGUCCACGAGUUUGCGGACACCUGGGGCUUUAAGAAAGCGCAGUAUGUUAUCAUUCAGAGCCUUGACGAAGUCAAAUCCUUUCUCGAAAAGUGUGCAGAGUCAGGCUCUUGGGAUGGGCGAGAUACCGAAGGCUUCGUCAUCAGAUGCAAGAUCAGGGAAGAAGAUCGAGAGCCCUAUCGUGACUGGUUUUUCAAGUACAAAUUCGAAGAACCAUACCUCAUGUACCGUCAGUGGAGAGAAGCAACGAAAUCCGUUAUCAUGGGCAAGCCUCCAAAGUACAAGAAACACAAGCAAAUCACAGAACAGUAUCUCCUCUAUGCACGAAGACAGCUGGCCAAGAACCCUCAACUCGGAAAAGAGUACAAUAAGAAUCAUGGUAUCAUUGCUAUGAGAGAUGGCUUCUUGGCAGAGAUCGGUCAGAAGGGGUCAGACAUUAUUGCGCUGGAAAGACAUGGGGAGGGCGAAGAAGCUGGUGGCGAGGUCAAUUCGAACAUGGUUUUGGUACCUGUGGCAAGUAUUGGGUGUGGCAAGACUACCAUUGCACGAGCCCUGGUCAAGUUGUUUGAUUUUGGCCAUGUCCAAAACGACGAUAUAGAGGGUCAAAGAGGCCGCCCCAAGAAGUUCGCCCUUGCAAUCACCAACUCCUUAGCUCAAUACAAGGCUGUCAUAGCUGACCGAAACAACCAUCAGCGGCGGGAACGCCAGCAGAUCUUCGACGAUGUGAGCAAUGUUGUGCGGGAUGCUCAUUUCGUCGCCCUUCACUACGUCCAUGAACCGAAAGAUCGCCUGCUGUCGGAUAUCCGCAAGGUCACCCGCAAGCGUGUUCUGGAUCGUGGGGACAACCAUCAAACUAUCCAUGCUGACACGAAAGGACACGAAGAAGUUGCCGCUAUCAUGGAAGGUUUCAUGCAACGAUUCGAAGGUGUUGACACUCACAAGGAGCCUGAUUCGAAUUUCGAUGAAGUGAUUGAUCUGGAAGUCACUGCAAGUUCGUUAGAAAAUCUUGAGACGGUUGUCACCCACCUCUACAAUGCUUAUCCCAAGAUCGUUGGCGAGAAGAUGCCCUCCCAACAAGAUAUGGAGGAUGCAAUCUCUUGGGCCCUGGAGAAUACUGUCACACUGAAACAUGACCUGAGCUUCAUGUCAUCUAACAGAAAGAAGAAGCAGCCCAACCCUGGUACUCAAGAGGAACACCCUGCUGAUCAAGAACUUACCACCGAUCAGAUCCUGAAGAGACUCGAAUAUUUUAGCAUUCCAGUCUCCCCAGCCGUGAUCAAUUCCAUGUUGGCAUCUCUAUUCAACAAUACCACUGCUGAAGAAGCUAAAAUGUACAAUCAGCUAAAACAAUCCCGUCGCAUGCAGUCUGAGUUCCACGUCACCCUCAUUCACCGGGCCUCUUCAAACGUCGAUUCAGAUAUUUGGACAAAGUACUUAGACCAGUACGUGCAAGCUCUCAGCACAAUCAAGCAAGAGAACAAACAGAAGGAGCCCGAUUUAGGGGCGGUUCGCAUCCGGCUAGAGCGGGUAGUGUGGGAUGGUAGAGUGAUGGCAUUUGUGGUGCGGAUCUUACCUUCAGAAUCGCAUCAAGGGAUGGAUGGGAAUGGUGGCUGGCCGUGUGCGAAUGCCACCCCACAUAUCACUAUCGGAACCGCAAGCUCAGACAUCAAACCGAAAGAAAGUAACGACCUGCUGCGACGAUGGCUGGAAGGGGAUGAGAGUCCGGGUAAGAUCUGGGAGAAGGAAGUGCCGGACAUGAAGAUCUUGGAGGGAACAGUUCGGGCGGUGAUGCAGAAGAGGUAA